CUGGACGCGACCCAACAUGGGAUCAACAAGAAGGUUGCGUUCUAUGUGCUGGUCGUCAUGAACGUCUGCUCGUUCGUCGGGCGGUUUUCCUCCGGCUUUCUCAUCGCGCCGCUAGGCCUCUGGAAUCUCAUCGUCGCGUCAUCUGGAUGCUGCGCAAUUAUCAUGUUCUGCAUGACCGCCGCCCACAAUUUAGCAGGCGUUAUGUCCAUCGGCGCAACCUUUGGCCUAUUUUCUGGGAUAUACAUUGCAUUGGUGGCACCGAUGAUGGCAUCUCUGGCGAGCGAUAGGUCGGAAAUCGGCAUACGAAUGGGUGUCGGGUUCACUCUCGCAGGUAGAUGGCUUACUCUGAAACGUCCGCGGUUAUAUUCGCAGGACAUCGUCUAUUCGAAGGUGAACCCUGCGGCGGUUGCCCUCGUUUCGCGAUGCUGGCACGAUUCCGAGGAGAACGCGCCGGACCCCGGGAGCCUUGACCCCAUCCUCCGGCCACUGAAGCGUGGCGAGGUCGGUGUGACCUGGCUGAGCACCGGCGAGCACGAGAUCCUCCCAGAGACCGACUUCGUCCUUUCCGACCGCCUCUUUCAGCUCGGGGAGUUCUGCAAGGCGAGCAUCAACGACGUGGCGUCGGCCGUGGUCACCAACGUGAACAUGCGCAUUCGCGUCGCGCAUGCGGUCAGCGGGGAAGAGCUCCCGGGGUGGCACACACUAGACGAGUUCGCGCCGAGGCCGGCGGAUGUGGGGGAAUACCUGGUGUACAACGAUUGGGUGGGACAGGUACUUGAGACUUUCGAUGAGACCCUGGUGGAGGCCGCGGGGCACCUCAUACGCGUUCCCGAACUCAGCACGCGCCUGGUAGUGGGGGAUAAGGGCCGACAUAUCCUCCCCCCACCACAGGGCAACCUCUCUGGCAUCCUGAGCUACAUCAUGGGCCAGAAUCGACCAUCAGAAGGCGACACCGUUGUCGCCGUCCGGCACACGGUUUACGCCAUCGCCUGGUUCGGCAUCAGCCAGAAACUGGAUCCCCGCGAAGCCGAGAAACGGGAGCGGCCAAAGAAGUUCUGGUACGGCGAAGACGUCGCGAAACUGACCGUCAUCCGCGGGGUAGCGGAAAGGCAGCUGCACGUUGGCGAGCGCGUCUUCUUCCGCAAGUUCGACAGCGCGCGGCCACAUACGAGGCAUGGACGCGACCAGGAUCCGGGAGGGAUCUUCGUCUGCUCUGCCUUCAAGAUCAUCGAAAGCGAGACGAUAAUCGACUUGUUGUGGCAGGACGGUACCAGAGAUCAGCGGAAAGCUACCGACGUCAUACCAUAUUUGAAUCCCGACGAUCUGGAUUGUUGGCCAGGGAACCAUGUUCUCUACAAAGGAGAAGACGGCAACAAACGCGUCGCGGUUGUGCAGUCCGUCGAUGCCAAGGAGCGCAUCGCGAAGGUGCUCUUCCUCGAUACCCAGAAGAUCGAACUCGUACCCCUGCUCGACAUCGACCCUCACGGCGGAACAACUGGCGAGAUUACGUCCGAGUUGGGCGUACAGCUCGGCGAUUUCGUAUUCAUCUGUGACGACAACGGCUUCACGGACUCCCGUGUACCCGUCCUCGGCGAGGUCGAGCCCUGGGUACGAGAAGUGCCCCUCACGGAAGGCGAGCCUUUGGGCUGGAGGAAAGAGCUUACGGAGCUCGGCGCCGAAGUCACGAGUGGGCACGACAGCCGCCUCGGUAAUGUUCGAUUACCAAGACCUGACGACAAUUCGUUGAACUGGAUAGGAGAGGUCACUGCUUUGAACCUGGACGGGACCGUAGAGGUCACUUACCCCAAUACGAAGAAGGAUACCUUCAAUCUUAAGCAGCUGAACAAACUGCAAGAUGGUGUCACGCAGCUGCAGGAGGACAUGUGGAAUAACGGCUCUGAGAUGGGCGGCUCCGAUGAGGAUAUGGAGGACGUUUGGGAGGACAUACCCGAUACGGAGGGCGUGCCCAACGGCGACUGGGAAUGGUACGACGACCAAGAGCCGCCUAAUGGCGUCAUGGACGAUAACGAGGUUGUGGAAGACGGCGCGGACGCGGAGAUGGGGUCAGCUGCUUCUGAUGUCGCGGAGGAGGAUAUGUCCUCAACGGUGGUGGACGAGACAGCGCAGUCUUUGCCAAUAUUGAAGGACAAGGAGCCUGUCUCGUCAGACGACGUUUCGCCGUCUGCCGGCCCAUCCAGCGAGCCAGACGCAUGGACACGAUUCGAGAUACUACCCGAAGCCCCACACGACCACGCAUUCUACGACAGUGCCGUCGAGCCGCGCUCCAAGGCCUUCUUCUCGCGAUUGAAUCGGGAAUAUCGUGCACUACAGGCCAACCUUCCCGACACAAUCAUCGUAAGAACGUAUGAAGAUCGCUCCGAUCUUCUGCGCAGCCUGAUCAUCGGCCCAGACAACACGCCUUACGCGGACUGUCCGUUCGUUGUUGACUGGGUGCUCGACGCCGAAUUCCCGCAGAAACCGCCCCGCGCGCAUUUCCACUCGUGGACGCGGUCAAACGGGCGCGUUAAUCCGAAUCUGUACGAGGAGGGCAAGAUCUGCCUGAGUAUUCUGGGGACGUGGCAAGGGGAUAAGAGCGAGAGCUGGACGCCGAGGUCAAGCUCGUUGUUGCAGGUGCUAGUGUCGAUACAGGGCCUGGUUCUUGUGAAGGAGCCGUGGUUCUGCGAGCCUGCGUAUGAGAAGUUGAGAGGGACGGAGGAGGGGAAGGUUAACAGUCGACUAUACUCCGAGAAGGCCUACGUCCUAUCUCGCGGCUUCGUACUGCGCGCCUUCGAACUGUCACUGGAGGACAUCACCCCCGCCAUCCGCGAUUUUUACAUACGGCGAGGAAACCUCAAGAAAGUCAUCGACGACGCACGAGCGCUUAUUCAGAGCAGCUCUGCGCCGGAGGGCGACGGGGAGGAUGCGCAUAGGGCAGACGGCGAGGACGCCCACCGCUCAGACGGCCGGGACGCUCACAGAGCAGACGGCGAGGAACCUGCCGUGCCACGACUGACAGGCGGAGGGAUCAUCGCGCUGACUGCGACUCUGAACAAGUUGCAAGCACUCCUGGACAGGAGUACUGCAACACCAUAGCGAAAGGGGCAGGGGAGAAGAGGGAGAUAUAGGAUGCCUGUAUACUACUUACACUACUCACACUGGUAAUGACGCACAUAGAGGAACGCUUCAAACGGUUCAAAAACUGCUCGCACUGAAGACAACAGUAACACCAUUGCAGGCAAAACAAC